AUUUCGUUCAUGGACAAAAAAGUAAAUUGUUCAAUUUUAUUUUAUGAUUAUUAUUGUUUUGUUUGGAACAUCUUUUUUUUUACUCGGAAUUUGAAAAAAAAGAAUACAUCAUAAACUGAAAAUGUCCAUGUUAAUAGAAAAACCGACCAACAAUACAUCGUCGUCAUCGUCAUCGUCGUCUACAAUUCAACAUUUAAAUAAUAUAAUGAAGCAAUUAUAUUUGGAUCGUCAAUUUCCAUUGAAUUUAGAUCGACAAUUGAAAGCAGAUGAAACAUCAGCAGCAGCUUCUACAUCGUUCAAUAUAAUAACAACAUCUACACCGAUUUUUUCUUUAUCACCAUCAUUAUCAACAUCAUCAUCAAUGACAACAUCAUCAAAUUUAGAGGUUUCAUUUCAAGAAACAUUAUUAUGGUCAUUAUUAUUUUAUCCAAUGGUUAUUUUAGCUGCUAUUGGUAAUCUAUUAAUCAUAUGGAUUAUAGCUACAAAACCAUUAAUGCGUAACAUUAUGAAUCAAUAUUUAAUGAAUUUAACAUUAUCGGAUUUUUUAUCCGUUACAUUUAAUGCUAGUUUUAAUUUUAUAUUUAUGCUUCAUCAACAUUGGCCUUUUGGUAAAAUUUAUUGUAUUGCCAAUAAUUUUAUUGCUAAUUUAACAAUUGUUUCAUCCGUUUCAACAAUGAUGUUAAUCUCUAUUGAUCGAUAUUAUGCUAUUGUACAUCCGUUAAAACCUCGACAAACAAAACGGCGUUUUUUUUGUUCAAUAGGCGCCAUAUGGACUUCAUCGAUAUUAUUUUCAUUGCCUGCAUUAUUAUAUUCAGAUACUGAAGAUCUUAUACAAUCAUUAUCAACAGAAACUUUUGAUGAUGAUGAUGUUGUUGGACAUGAUGAACUUUCAUUAUUACCAUUUGAAUCAUAUAAUUCAACUAAUGCAUCAUGGUUUUUUACAAUGAAUUUUUUAUCGACAACGGAAACCAGUGUUUUCAACACUAUUAUUGAUAAUGCUACAUUAAAUUAUCUUUCAAAUCAAUUGUUUCAAUCAUCAUCAUCAGCAACAUCUACAACGAUAAUGACAACUGGUAAAAAAACACCCAGUAAUAGUAAAACUUUCGAAACAUUAGAUCAUGGAUCAUCAUCACCAAUUUUUAUUCGAACACUUUGUAUAAUGCGUUGGCCUGAUGGUGUUUCCGGAUUUUCGACCUAUGAAUUUUUAUACAAUAUGGCUUUUUUGAUAUUCUUUUAUGUGAUACCAGUGUUAACAAUGAUUGUAGCAUUAAUUCUUAUGUCUCGUGUAUUAUGGCCACGUGAAUUGAUUGGUGAACAUACUACUAUACCACAAAAUACAUUAAUUCGUUCAAAGCGAAAAGUAGUUUGCAUGUUAAUUUGUGUUAUUAGUGUAUUUGCAUUAUGUUGGUUGCCUUAUCAUUCAUAUUUCAUUUCAAUUUAUUGGUGGCCUUCAUUAAUUAAAACAUCAGGAAUUAAACAUAUUUACUUGGCUUUCUAUUGGUUUGCUAUGGCCAAUUCAUUAUUCAAUCCUGUAAUCUUGUUUGCAAUGAAUCGAAGAAUAAGAAAUUAUAUAAAACAUUAUGUUAAAUGUGCUUGUUGUACAUUGACAACAAAUAAAAACAGAAAAAAAAUAUUUCGAAGCAUAAAUCAUCAUCAUAAUCAUAAUCAUCAACAGCAUAAUAAUAAUUGUCAACAGCAAACAAAUCCAAUGCGAAUGCUUAAUUAUCAUUAUCAUUAUUAUCCAAAUAGAACAAAUCAUUUCAACAACAACAAUAACAAUCAUUGUCCUCAUCAUCAUCAUUGUAGCCAAAGUUCAAAGCAAAGUCAGCAAAGUGGUAUUGUUGGCCAACAUUUACAAUUACAACAAGCUAUUCAAAUAGAACAAUCAACAAAUCAGAUUGGAAAUCAAAUGAAUAAUAAACCAUGGACCAUUCAAACGAAUGGUAUCAUAUCGAAUGUUUCAUUGCCAAUUUCAUUGAUAACUGCCAAUUCCAGACAACAUCAUCAUCAUCAUAAUAAUCGAACUAAUCAACAAGUUCAAUCACAACAACAACAACAAUCAUCAUCAAAAACAAUAAAAAAAGUUGAAUUUUGUUGUUCUAAACGUGAUAUGUAUACUAGUAGCGAUCAUAGUAGUUUUGUUCCAUUAUCGGAUGAUAAUGAUCAAUCAUCAUCCAGAAUGACAAGACUUAAAUCCGAAACAUCAGCUAUUGGAUCAAAAAUAAGAAAUAAUUUAAAUUAUCAUCCAUAUUUUUUACAAAAUGAUCAUCAUUCUUGUCCAAGUAUAUUUUUUACACAUAAUAAAAAUAAUGAAUCGAUUGAUAGUGUUGGUUAUGAUGAUGACGAUGAUAAUGAUGAUAAAAAUAAUGAUUCACCAUCAUUAAAGGUGAACAUUUCACCAUCGCUUAAUCAAUCCAAUCAUAAAAAUCGUCAAAGUUCAAUCAAAAAAUCAAAUUCAAUGACAAUGGAAAAUUAUCCAUCAAACAAUGGUCCUGUUUCUGUUUAAAAAAUUUUUUAAAAAACAAAUUCGAUUCCUAUCCAAUAGAUGUCGUUAUUGUAUGGAGUGAAAAAACAUUAAUUUUGGACAUAAAGUUCCU